UACUACCCUCUUUCAAACCCCUUCCCCCAACGGCUACCCUCCACAACCCCUUCUCCCCUCACCACCAUGCCCUCCUCCACCGCCGCACCCAUGGCCAGGCCGUCAUCCAAGACAGCCUCCGCAUCCAGGCCCAGGAAGCCCUCCCCGUCCAGGUCCCCUUCCCCCGCGACGGCGCCCAAGCCCAAGAACGUAGCAGGCUCCAGCCGCCGCCGCAGCCCCCUCUCCGACCUCAACUCCGGCGACGCGCGCCCCGGGUGCUUCCGCUUCCUCCUUUCCACCGCCACCUCGGGGUCCAGGUCGAGGUCCGCGUCCACCCCGAGGACCCCCACGCCCCCCGACCCCAAGCCCCGGCCGGGGGCCAGGAGGCGGGACCGGCUCCCGGAUCAGGAAUCAAGAACCAGGGCCCAGCGAUGCCCCGGCCAAGAACCGAGGAGGAGGGGGCCGGAGCCGAUCGGUGGGCAGAUCAGGAGGCAGGAGCCGACCGGCAAGCAGCAGUGGCCUGCGAGGGGGAAGGAGCAGUUCGAGGCCCUGACGCCGGAGAAGAAGGCAGACUCGGGGGCCACGCCGGAGUCUGCGUCAGGCGCGACGCCACCGGUCCACGCGUCGAUCUCGCCGGAGGUGGCGGCGUGCGGGUCCGCGACGCCGGCAUGCUUCGCGGCCGGGCACCACGUCCUGCUGGGCGUCGGGGACCGGCGCAAGUGCCGGCCGAGGGGCAUCCUGGCCAUCGCCGGAGAGGGAAUGGCGAGCGAGGACCUCGACGACGCCGAGCCGUCCAGGGCGUCCAUGCACUGGCUGUCCUCGCCGUCGGAGCAGGCGGCCGGGACGUGUUCGACGAAAUGCGGAAACGAGGUGGCGUCCGUGAACUGGCUGGUGUCUCCGCGCGAGGAAGGCGGAGUGGACUUGCUCGAGGACGAUAUCUUCGUGCAGAGAUGCUCCUUGGAGGACGCGUUUUGGCGGUUCUCCCCGGACUGCACGGGGCUAUUAGGCUCGCCGCUGCUAGGCGGUCUGCUGGACUUUGGCACACCGGCAUCAGAGAUGUCCGGGACGACGCCGUCAUCGGGAUUUCUUCCGGUGCAGAAGACGCCGAGCAGUGGUGAUAGCAUUAGUCCCUUCUCACUUAUUGUCAAGAGGGCAUCGGAGUCCUCUAGACUACGAUCUUUGUGUGCCCAACAGGGACUGGGCAGCAGCUACCGUUAUGGCUCGGCAGCGGAUCCGACGCCAAUUUCUGGUGAGUCAUGGCCUGAAAGUGUCAGUAAUGGCACACGCUCAGGGUUGACAAGGACAGGCAGUCGUCCAAUGAAGAUGAUGGAUCCAGUGGUGGAAUGUCUUGAGAUGAUGAGUUUGUCCCCAAAGCCUGGGGAUGAUGAUUACCGUGGAAAUUACGCUCUGCCUGCACCAUUGCCUGAGCUCAGUUUCCAAUUCGCAGGAGCUCCGACCCCUCUGGAAUCCAUAGACUUGACCUCUUUUAAGAGGUCUCCUCAUGGCGUAGAAUUGAAGGGGAAGGAGUCUAGUUUUCAGAAACCGGUCAUGGCAGAGACUCGGAUCUCUUGGCGAGAAGGGCUUGUUAGCAGAAUGUUUGAUAUCGGUGACUUGGAUUGCUGCAAAUGGUUGUCUGACGAUGAGGAUGCACCGCUGCUUUCACACAAUGAAGAGGCUUUACCUGGCACCAUGUAUGAGGCAAGCAGCGGUUCUUGCCUACAGGGGGGUGGCGACCACCCGGCAGCAUGUGGUUUCGGAUCUGUUGAGUUCAGUUGCAUCGGUGAUGAACUGAAUAAUGACAGCAAGGCUUCUCCGAACCCCAUUCCGGUUGCUGAGUCCAUGAGAGCGGAAGGAUUCGAGCUCGUCUCAUCCGAUGAUUCUGAUUGGACUCUCUUCUACAAGAACGACUUGUUUGAAACAUGAGAUGCUUGAACUCUGAACUGCAGUGGGGUUCAUUGUUCAGAUGUUGUGUGCCCUUUGUACUGCGAGAACCAUUGCGAACAUUGGAGUGUGUGUUAGCUCCAGCCCUGUACUAUUUUCAGCAUAUGAAGUUCCCUUUCUUUUCUUUUUGCCGGUCACAUGUAAAUUAUGUUGGUAGAUAGAUUUAUUUCUGGAAUGACCACUUACGGUUCAUUUUAAUCCAGUGGCCACAAUUCAGAGCAUCAGACAGCAGAAUUGUUUGUCUUUGUUCAUAGCUCAGUCUGCGAAAAUAUGGGGUUCUGGUUUGUGAAACGAGCUGCUA